GCAUGGCGGAGUCGCGGCUCUGUGGGAAAUAUAUGGACGGCAUGCGGGCUGAGGUCUUGCACGUCGUCAGCCAAAGUCAGUUGCUUUCCGAUCGUCAGGCGAGAAGUUCCAUAUGACCAGGUGUGUUCGGCGUGAGCGGAGACAAUUGUGCCAGACGUGGAAAAAAUGUCGCGAUGGAAAGGCGCGGUGAAAGCGACAGAAUUCGCGAACCCUGGAGCCUUGGAUGAGAUCCUGCCGGCGCCAGUGGAGCCAAGUGAUGCGCAGCGUGUGAUGGAAGAGGGACGGAUUAGUGUGCCAAAGACUCGCAGCAUUGCUGGGCUGUCGAGGAGCUAUUUGAGAAAGAUCAGCGGCUACUUCAGCAACAGUUCCGCCAUCGCCAAGCCACGCAAGAAUCCCUUCACGACGGCGGAGGAGAAGUUCACAGUGAAAGCCGAAGGCGACAAUCUGAGCAGUGAUGGCUCGACAAAGGAGCUGUGCUCAGUGGACACGACGCCCAAAGUGACUCUCGCGAUGGCAGAAAACACUGAAGAUGGCCAGAGAGCUGCACUACCAGAUUCUCAAGUAGCAGGAACACCAAAUCCGGAAUAUAACGCGUUUCUCCUGCCGCGAGUCUGCCUCAAGCAACAAGAAUCCGGAGUCACCAUGAGACGAUCGAGUAAUUCCGGUUCGGAAAAAGGUUACGGUAAAUCUGGUCAUGAACGCAUUUCAUCGUCUCACUACUCAACGGACAAGAGUGGCUCAUCUGGAUACUACAGCUCGAAUCUCUACUCCACGGGCUCUGUGGAUGAGCACAUCUACAGUGAGCCGGUGAUUGAUGCAAUUGAGGCGCCAGCGGGCAAAGUGACACCAAAGAUCGCGGAGAAGAAGACGUGCAAUUCGGCUGACAUCCUCAAUGACGACCGGCGAAAGGUGCAUCGAUCGAUUUCGUAUGAUUUUGAGCAUGAGCAGCACUAUGGAUCACCGCUGGAGAGGCGACUGUCGCUCGAGUAUGGCAAGAGAUCCACGCAAAAGCUGCCGACGAUUAUGGAGGGAAUCGAUGGGCAGAUUCCGCGACCAAUCUGGCCGUCUGACAUGGACGAUUCGCUGGUGGACAUCAAUCUGGACUCAUUCUUGCUGCACAAGGACAAAAGUGGCGGGCAUGGUGAGGGUGAGAGGAGUUCAGUGGAGGGCAUCGUGAAUCCGGCUCUCGACUGUGACGACAUGUCGGAGAGUAACAGUCUGGAGAACAACUAUCGAUGUGCCAAAUAUGUGAAUUCGUGUCCUGAAAAUCCUUACUGUGUUGAAGGUGUUCUGGAGGACUUGCAGUCGUCGGUGGACAAAUCCCUUUCGCUAUAUCUGCAAAAGUGUGAGGAUAGUAUUACAAUUCAGACGACACGGGAGUUCCUGGAGGACAUACGGAAGAAGCUGAACAGUCUCCUUGAGGAGCACUAUGAUGAGAAUGGGCAGCCAUCGAGGAAUGUCUUCCUGCGAACGGAUGACAAGCGACAAUCACGUCGCAAAUAUACCACUGUGAUUAAGGACAAUAUCAAGAGUCUCCGGAGUGAUCUGGAUGACUAUCUGAAGCUCAUGAAUCAGACGAAUGAAUUUGAAAUUCAGCAAUUGUGCACGGGAAUUGCAAGAGAUGCGCGACUGACCACAAUGAAGAAUGCGCUGGAGAAUAGGAUGAGGAAUCAGGAGAAUGAGAGAAGAUUGGGCAGCAUGGUGAUGAGGAAUUUCCUUCCCAAGCGCUUGAUGCCCUUCUAUGACGAGGAUUUGCUUCACCAGAGCGAAGAUCCGAACUUUCAGCUCAAGCGAAAGACCUCACCGUGUUCGUCAGAUUGUGGCCAAAUGCCGGAAUUUGUGGACAACAUCGUGCCAGAGGAGGAAACGAGUCAGAUUCAGCAGAAUAUCACGAUGCAACCGACACCACUUCUUCUGCCCAAGAUCUGCAAAGGUGCUGCGCCGGAGCAGGAGAUGAUCCUCGAGUGGCAUCGCAAUAAGCCCAGCAUCUGGGAGCAAUACUAUGGGAUCAAUCGACCGGAUCAGCCGAUUCUCGUGAGGAAGAGCAAAAUCAGCAGCGGCAGCGGCAAGAAGAAGCCAAUCACCGUGGUCUCAUACCCCUCGACCCGGCCCGAGUCGGACUUCACGCUGGAUCUGCCGCGGGCGCAGCAGCUGGAGCGGAAGCUGAAGGAGCAGAAGCGCUUCCGGAGUCGCUGCAAGAUCUUCGCCUUCAUCCUCAGCUUCUUCUUCUUCCUCAUGACUGUGAUGGUGGUCAGUUUGGUGCUGACCAGGGGCAAGAGGAUGUUCGGCAGCAUGCUGUGACGAUUCUUGCGACAAUCUCACGGUGGUUCUUGGCAUUGGCCCACGUUCCGGGCCAGCAUCGCGAGUGCUGGGCCAAUGUUGACGAUUCCCUGCAGAUUGACUAAUUCUAUCAGUGGAUAUCAGUAUAUCUUCCGGAAUGACUACAAAAGAAGCAACUAUUUAAUGAACAAUAAUGUUAAUGUGUCAUAAUAAAAAUGAGAACAACCAUGAA